GAGACUAACAUUAUUGUUUCUUGUUAUUUCUACAGGUGGAACUGACUGGUAGCAGUGCAUUUGACUAUAUACAUCCCAGUGAUCAUGUGGAAAUGGCAGAGCAGCUUGGCAUGAAGCUUCCUCCCAGCAGAGCAAUAUCUCUGUCUCAAGGAACCAUAAAUGAAGAUGGGGCAUCUUCUGCUUCAUCAUCAUCAAACUCUGAAACUCCUGAACCAGUGGAUUCCAGCAAUCCCAGUCUUCUGGCACCUCACAAUUCUUUGGAACGAUCAUUCUUCAUUCGGAUGAAGUCUACACUGACAAAGAGAGGGGUACACAUCAAGUCUUCAGGAUAUAAAGUAAUCCAUGUCACAGGACGUCUGCGGAUCAGAAUGGCUCUGAUGCACAGUAACUCUGUACCUAAUCAGAUAAUGGGAAUGGUAGUAGUAGCUCAUGCCCUCCCACCACCCACAAUUAAUGAGGUUCGCAUCGACUGUCAAAUGUUUGUCACCAGAGUCAACAUGGACCUCAAGAUUAUUUAUUGUGAAAACAGGAUUAGUGACUAUAUGGACCUGACUCCACUGGACAUUGUGGGGAAGAGGUGCUACCAGUUUAUUCAUGCCGAAGAUGUAGAAGGAAUCAAGAAAAUGAUGAACAAAGGCCAGUGUGUGACUAAGUAUUAUCGGUGGAUCCAGAAGAAUGGUGGUUACAUCUGGAUCCAGUCCAGUGCCACCAUUGCUGUCAACACCAAGAAUUCCAGCGAGAAGAACAUCAUCUGGGUUAACUAUGUUCUCAGUAAUCCAGAGUAUAAAGACACACCAAUGGAUAUUGCUCAGCUUCUAAACCAUCCAGAAAAAACUUCCUCUGAAACCUCGGACUCUGAGUCUGAGGCCAAAGAAAACUCAGAAAAUGAAAAUCCAAGGUCUGAGAGGAAGUCAGGGGACCUGGCAGAACAUAGUGAGAAUCCAGAGACAGAAAGCAAAGAUCAGAACCGCACUGGACAAUCACAUUCCUCCUCUGAACAGGAAAAGAAGCGACAGGAGGAAGAAGACAGUUCCAGUAACCAAGAGAGUCAAGACAGUGAUUACAGUCUUGGACCUUCAGAUGUUGAUCAGGAACACGAGCAACAUCUCAGUGGAGGUAGAGGAAGAGAGGGUGGCAGGGUUGGAAGAUUUGUUGAAAUAAGAGGAUUAGAGAAACUGAGUGCUAUAAGUGAGCUUGGUCAUUUGGAUGGGCUUCAUAUUAAAGUAGAACAUUGUGGAGAUGGAGAGCAACUGCACAAUUCAAAAAUGUCCUCAUCAGAAGAGGAGGAAAAGGAUAAUGAUUACAAACAUAGAGAAGGAGAUGGCUGCAAUAGUAAAAGUGCUGGCAGCAAGCUCCAGAAAAGGCGAAAAAGGAGGAAAGUCCAAAAAUGGGAUAGGGGACGAAGGAGGCCCUGUCUCUCGACAACUCCAAGUAGCCCCAUAGUAGCAAAUAAAAAAUCGCCACAUGUUGAUACCUCUCCUCAGCUCCUAAGUUCCUCUGGGUCCCUUAACAGCCCAGGUGCAUCAUCAUCAAUUCUUAAGAUCAAGACAGAAAUGGGGGAGCCAAUAAACUUUGACAAUGAUAGUAGCAUCUGGAACUAUCCCCCCAACAGAGAGAUUUCAAGAAAUGAGUGUCCUUACAGCAUGAUCUCCAAGCCAGCUGCUUCUGGCAGUCAUGAAACCUUCCCUCAACCGCAGGGUGGCUCUCAACAGGUAGUAAUUCCUGAUUCUGUUCUCACCCCACCUGGACAUGAAGGAGGUGUGGGAGGAGGAAGGAAGGCACCGUGCAAUGGAAGCACAGGCCCCAGCUCAUCCUCCACUAUUUCCAAUAUAGCUCCUGCGUCCAACACCUCGUCGGCUGCCUCCCUAUCUCCUCCUCCCUCAGCAUCCCCAAGGGACAAGCAAGGCACUCCUUCCAUAUCCUCCUCUUCUUCUUCAAUAUCCUCUUCGAAUUCUUCCUCUUCAAUAUUAUAUUCUAAUGACCUCGAAGCACUGCAACGUUUGCAAAGUGGGAAUGUAUUGCUUCCCUUGGUUCACCAUGUCACAGGUACUUUGGCUUCCAGCACGACAGCACCACGUGUCUACACCACUGGGACAAUAAGGUAUGCUCCUGCAGAUGUUACAUUGGCCAUGGCACAAGGUAAUCUUCUCCCUAAUGCCAUGAAUUUCAUUGACGGUUCUAGUUUUGGUCUGGACCCCAAAACACCCAUGGAGAUGCUCUAUCAUCAUGUCCACAGGCUCAACAUGUCAGCUGCUGCAAAUGGUAGCCCAUUUGUAGGAUCUCAAGCACCCACAGGCAGUGCUGGUGCUUUGGCAGGUCAAAUGCCAGCUACAGGCAAUGUUUUCACCACUGCAGAGGGAUUACUCUCCAAUCUUCCAUUCCCAGUAUACAGCAAUGGGAUCCACAGUACACAGACUACUCUGGAGAGGAAGAAAGAUUAACAAAAAACACCCAUGACCGAAUUACUGUGUUUCUGUGGCAGUCUAAGAGUGUUCAUUAAGACAACUAAUUUAAUAUAAACUUUGUUAUCUUUUAUCAACACAGAUUAGCACUGUGAUUACGCAAAGAAAAAAAAGGAACGAGAUGUACUUGCACUUUGAGCAACUGAGCUUGUGUAACAGACUUGAAUGAUCCUCAAAUACGUUUUUUCCCAUCUGGUUUAAUUUCUUGUAAGAUAAAACAUUUUUUCUUCUUAAAGAGAUUAACAAACCACCUAACUUUUCUUUAAUAUAAAGAAUUCUGUGCACAUGCAGAGAAUUGAGAAACUAAGGUUUCCAGUUAAACCUAAAGAGGAACAAUUUCAUUUUGUGUUUUCUUUGUUUUUUGUUUGUUUAUUUGUUACAUCCUUGUAAACUGGCUGUUUUAA